AUGUCGCUGGCCGUUCUAGCCACCGUUGCCGCGGGUCUGGUGAUAUGCCCCUACGACAGCGAAUUGGAAUACAUAACAAAUGGCAUCGCUGGUCGAUUCAAGCUUCCGCCACGCAACUCGGCUCCGAGCGACAACAUCGAGAUUUCCGUCGUGGUGCCCUGUUUCAACGAGCACGGCCGGCUCCGUGCCAUGCUUUCCGAGUGCAUCGAGCAUUUGGAGGCCCGGCUCCCUGGCCAGUACGAGAUCAUCAUCGUGGACGAUGGGUCGAGCGACGGGACGGCGCAGUAUGCUGUGGACCUGGCUGCGGAGCUGGGUCUGAGGCCGCACGUGUUGCGCGUGGUGCAGUUUGUGAAAAACCGCGGCAAGGGCGGCGCCGUGACCCACGGGAUGCAAUUUGGCCGGGGAAAAUAUGCCAUUUUCGCUGACGCAGACGGGGCGUCGAAAUUCAGCGACGUGGACAAGCUGCUCGAAAAUAUCAAGCGGCUGGACAGAAACGAGCCCGAGACACGUGCUGCCGUUGCCAUUGGCUCGAGAGCACACAUGGUAAACACGGACGCCGUGGUGAAACGGUCGUUCGUGCGCAACUUUCUGAUGUACGCUUUACACGCUCUGGUGUUUGUCUUUGGCAUACGCACCAUCAAGGACACGCAGUGCGGGUUCAAAUUGUUCAACAAGGCUGCCGUGGCCAAGAUUUUCCCGAAGAUGCACACCGAGGGCUGGAUAUUCGACGUCGAGCUGCUGAUCCUCGCCAUCAACCAGCACAUCCCUGUUGACGAGAUCGCGAUCAGCUGGCACGAGGUCGACGGCUCCAAGAUGGUGCUUGCCCGUGACUCCAUCACCAUGGCCAUCGAUCUCGUCGUCACCCGUCUGGCAUAUAUUCUCGGUAUAUACUGA